AUGAAGCGGCGCGUUUCCCAUCAGUAUUUCACUCUACGAAGCGACAAGCGGUACAAGACGGAAUUACAAUUGGAUACAGCCAUCGACGCUGUCGACAGUGACUACCAAGACGUGGCCAUUCUACUCGGAGACUUCGACAAACGUUCUAAAAGCACCCUGACAGACAUCGAGGGCUACCACAUCGAGUGCUCCGACAAGAGCACUAAUCCUGGAACAUUACCUCCCGACCCGACAGCUGCCUUGGGAUUUACCGGUAGUAUUGGUCGGGGUUAUCACAACGUCGUGAAGGCCAAGGCCAGAGCAUACGACUCAUUCCCAGGUCCGGAUAACGUUGGGGGCAAUGCAGUCUAUUCGAGGCUCAAACAAUUGCUUGCAGGAAAGAAGUGCCAUGAGGAAGUGCUGGUCUAUCCAAAUCACACUCUUGAUUACCGCCUAUCCGCCAUGCAACUAGCCUCGCAAUAUGUCUCAUCCCUGAGACCAACAGAGCGCACCCGGCAAGCUAGCCCAACACCAGUAAACAAUGGACUUUGGGAUCUAGUUAUGGCAGAUCCGUCUCUGGUUCGCCCGUUGAAUGAGACUGGAGUUGAAUGGCUAAGGUGA